AUGGUGCUCAGAUGGCAGGUUCUUCAGCAGAUAGUGAGGAAGCCUUUAAAGGGGACGACUCUGGAAAUGCCUCUUCAGCAGAUGACAUGGAGGGUGAACCCUUAUUUCCAGUGGAAGACACUGACAAAGUUGCUAAAAGCGAUACGAUCCACCUUGGAAUUGGAGGAAGAAAAAGAAGAUAAAUUGAAGGAAUCGGGGGAUAAAGACCAGAAUCCCAAAUCUAGAGUCACAAGAGGCAAAGGUUUCAUGUUUGGGGGUUCUUCCUCCCAGCCAGGUAAACUAAAGGUUGAAAUACUUGGCAGGAGAUGUGUUCAAAAAGCAAAGCAAGAAGCCAAAAAUGGAAACCUGUUAAAGUCAAUAGAAUUCUUUCAAAAAGCGGACUCCAUGCACCCCAGUGAAAAGCUUAAAGGUCGCAUAGCAAAGCUUGAAGAAGCUCUCCAGCAGCUUGAUGUCCAAAAUGAGCAAGAUGAUGAGUUUAUAGAUGUGUUAGGCAGUGGGCUAAUGCUCUAUAAAGAACUAUACAACAAGCUAUUCGAACACCAAAAAGAAGGUGUUGCAUUUAUGUACAGACUAAACAGAGAUGGAAGAAAAGGCGGUAUUUUGGCAGAUGACAUGGGGCUGGGAAAGACUAUCCAAGUUAUUGCCUUCCUUUCUGGAAUGUUUGAUGCUGAAUUGACCAAUAGCGUACUAUUAAUAAUGCCAACAACUCUAAUUAGUAAUUGGGUUAAAGAAUUUGAAAAGUGGACUCCAGGCAUGAGAGUGAGUGAAUUUCAUGGCACUAGCAAAAAGGAACGAAGCAGAAACCUAGAAAAAAUCCAGAGAAAGGGUGGGGUUCUCAUCACCACUUAUCAAAUGUUGAUUAAUAAUUGGCAACAGCUUGCCACAUGCAAUGGACGAGAGUUUGUAUGGGAUUACAUCAUCUUAGAUGAAGCUCAUAAAAUUAAAUCCUCAUCCACAAAGACUGCAAAAUCUUGUUCAGCAAUUCCUGCUAAGAAUCGCAUUCUUCUGACAGGCACGCCAAUCCAAAACAAUCUACGUGAGAUGUGGGCCUUGUAUGAUUUUGCAUGUCAAGGAACACUGCUGGGAACAGCUAAGACUUUUAAAAUGGAAUAUGAAAACCCAAUAAUUAGGGCUAGAGAGAAAGAUGCAACGCCAGGUGAAAAAGCCCUUGGUCUUAAAAUAUCCGAAAACCUAAUGAAAAUUAUUCAGCCUUACUUUCUUAGGCGUACAAAGAGUGACGUUCAGCAUAAGAAGGUUUUUGAGCAGCAGACAACCAUUGAGCGAAAUAGAACA